CAGCACGCGCAGUCAGCAGCGCGCAACGACGGCGCCGUCAACUUGGAGGAGGCUUCGCACCGGCUGGCCUGGCUCAUCGAUGGACAGGUGACCCCGGACGCUCCGAUCGACCGACCGUUGCGCCCGCUGCGAGCCAAGGUAUAACAAAUGUCUUUGGCGAGGAGUGGGGCCCUCGACGCUUAUCUCACCUCAAGUAUAACGACUCUGCGGCGGACUUCAGCGGACACUUGGACACGGACACGCCGAGAGUGAAGUCGCACGAUGGAGUCGGUGCGUCAUUGUUCGGAGUGUCAAUGAUUUUGUCGUGUUGAACGUCGCUCACCUCCCGUAGUCGCAUUUUCACUAGCUGCACUUGCGCUUUCAUUGCUUUUCCCGUGACCGAAUCUGCUAACUGGACAGCACCGUAGUCUCGGGCGUCGAGCUUUCCGUAAUGGAGUUACACACGAAAAGGCCCAGUCAAGACACUGACAGGCACGCCAAGUCCACCGCCAAGGACAUGUCGUCCAACGACACUCUCAAUGGAAACGGCAACACGUACGGGGCCUUCCAGUCGAAGGACCCGAUCCUGCAACUCGACAAGGACGUGGAGGCGAGGGUUAACGGGACCGGUGGCGACGGCCACGGCGGUGCCACGGCCCACACCACCGGCUACAUAGAGACCCUCAUGCACCACUUCAAGGGCAACGUGGGAUCCGGCAUUUUCGCCCUGGGCGACGCUUUCAAGAACGCCGGCCUCGCCCUGGCGCCGCCGCUCACCAUCUUCCUCGGCUUCAUUUGCAUUCACGCCCAGCACAUACUCCUCAACUGCAACGACGAGGUGCAGCGACGGCUGGGCUCAUCGCUGGAGACGCAGCCAGGCUACGCGGCCACGGUGGAGCUGUGCUUCGCCACUGGACCGCUCGCCCUGCGAAAGUACUCGGUCUUCAUGAGAAAAUUAGUGAAUCUGUUUCUGUGCGUGACGCAGCUUGGCUUCUGUUGCGUCUACUUCGUCUUCAUAUCCACGAACAUGCAGCAGGUGAUGAGCGUCUGGGGCAUCGAACUCGACCUCCAUCUGCACAUGGCGAUCGUCCUGGUGCCCAUAAUGUUCAGCACGUGGAUACGCAACCUCAAGUUCCUCGUGCCGCUGUCCUCGCUGGCCAACUUCUUGAUCAUCGCGGGCUACGCGGCCACGAUCUACAUCAUGUGCCACGAUCUGCCGGCUAUUUCCGAGAGGCGAUACGUGGCGGAUUGGAACAAGCUGCCGCUGUUCUUUGGCACCGUCAUUUACUCCUUUGAGGGUAUCACUCUGGUAUUGCCGCUAAAGAACGAGAUGAAAAAGCCGAGGAACUUCGACAAGCCGCUGGGCGUGCUAAACGUCGGAAUGGUAAUCGUCGGCAUGAUGUUCGUCGUGCUUGGUUUCCUCGCUUACCUCAAGUACGGCGACGACAUUCAGGGUUCGGUCACGCUCAACCUCGAGCCCAAGGCAGAUACGUUACUGAAGGAAGGAUUAAAUGUCCACAACAGUCUACCUCAAUGCAUCAAACUGGCUAUAUCCUUAAGUAUCCUGUUGACGUACGCUCUGCAGUUCUACGUACCGAUCGCCAUUAUGUGGCCCGAGUUCGAACGUCAAUUCGGCCCGUGCCGUUGGCCCGUGGCUAGUGAAAUCAUGUUCCGAACGACUCUUUGCUUCAUCACUUUUGUCCUGGCGGAAGCGAUCCCGAAGCUGGGCCUGUUCAUCUCCCUGGUCGGGGCAGUGAGCAGCACAGCUCUGGCUCUCCUAUUCCCGCCGAUAAUCGAGAUCGUAGUAUGCUGGCAGAACGCGUCUAUGGACAAACUAACAAUCACCAAAGACAUUGUGAUUCUGACGAUCGGACUUCUCGGCUGCGCCACCGGUACCUACGAGAGCGUCAGCCAAAUUAUCAAAGCAUUUAGCCAAAAUUUGUAGAGCCGAGAACGCAACGAUGGGAAGAGAUACGGGCGCGUGCGUGCGCCAUUGGAACUUUAGCCUUCGCACCUUGGUACUUCCAUUCUCUCGUUUGAUCGUUUCUGUUAUCUCUUCCCGGAAUCUUUCUACAAGAGUGAACAAAAAGCAAAAUUUUUAUUUAGAACAAAAAUCGCACAUCAUUUUAUCGAGCUCCAUUCGCCGUAGUUAUUUCAUCGCAUACAAUAAUAAUUAAAGAAGCGACGGCAAUAUAAACAAUGAUUUGUAAGACGGUGCUGCAUGACCGCGUUACGAUAAUUUUCACAUCGAUCGUGUGUGUAUAGCUUUAUACAUAGCGACCUGUCGUGUUUUUUUAGAGUAUAUAUAAAUCUUUCUCUUGUUCUUUUUCAUCAUUAGUUGUGUAAUGAAGUAUUGAAGUUGCACUUUUAAUACUCGUACUCAUUUCUUUUUUGUAGUUAGGCGUGUAAAAAAUGUACAAAAAAUCUCUCGCUACAUAUGUACUAUUUUUAAUGUUAAGGAAAUUUUUUAGACAUACUGCUCACUAGAUAUGGGCAACUUAGCGUUUAAGGUCUUAAAACUGUGAAUUUAUAUACACGUCACGUAAGAAUCAUAUAUUUAUUAUUUACAUGAAUUUUGAAAAGACUCUGAACAAAAACAAAAAAAAAAUACACUAAAUAAAAUGGAUGAAUAGUUUUGCUAAUAAUAUUAGAUGAUUAUUCUUGAAAGAAAACAAAAAAAUAUGAAUAAAAUGCUAUUUUGCAAUACAUCGAUUUUAAUAUUUGAUUAAAACAAUUAGCCAAUGAAUUACAUCGAUGAAAAAUAUAAACGUUCAGUAAGUUAUAAAAAUAUAUAUAAGUAUGGCGAAGAAGAAUGAUCUCGUAAAAAAAGCAUGCU